AUGGACUGGAAUUCCUUCCGAACAGCUGCAGUACUAUUCAUUUUCCUGGUGGUGGUGGAAGUUAACAGUGAAUUUCGAAUCCAGGUUAGAGAUUAUAAUACUAAAAAUGGCACCAUCAAGUGGAAUUCGAUCAGAAGGCAAAAACGUGAAUGGAUCAAGUUUGCUGCAGCCUGCCGUGAAGGUGAAGACAACUCCAAGAGAAACCCAAUUGCCAAGAUUCAUUCAGAUUGUGCUGCCAACCAGCAAGUUACAUACCGCAUCUCUGGAGUAGGAAUUGAUCAACCACCUUAUGGAAUCUUCAUUAUUAACCAAAAAACUGGUGAAAUUAAUAUAACAUCCAUAGUCGAUCGAGAGGUCACUCCUUAUUUCAUUAUCUAUUGCCGAGCUCUCAAUUCAAUGGGCCAAGAUUUGGAGAGACCUCUGGAGCUUAGAGUCAGGGUUUUGGAUAUAAAUGACAAUCCUCCAGUGUUUUCCAUGUCUACAUUUGUAGGACAAAUAGAAGAAAAUUCUAAUGCAAAUACACUGGUGAUGAGACUCAAUGCUACUGAUGCAGAUGAACCAAACAAUUUGAACUCAAAAAUAGCCUUCAAGAUCAUAAGACAGGAACCUUCUGAUUCACCAAUGUUUAUCAUCAACAGAUACACUGGAGAAAUUCGAACAAUGAAYAAUUUUCUAGACAGAGAGCAAUAUGGCCAGUAUUCUCUUGCUGUGAGAGGCUCAGACAGAGAUGGUGGGGCAGACGGCAUGUCAGCAGAGUGUGAAUGCAAUAUUAAAAUCCUGGAUGUCAAUGAUAACAUUCCAUAUAUGGAGAUGUCUUCGUACUCUGUAAAUAUUGAAGAAAAUGCUCUACAUUCAGACCUACUCCAGAUUAGAGUAAUUGAUUUGGAUGAAGAAUACACAGCUAACUGGAUGGCAGUAAUUUUUUUUAUCUCUGGAAAUGAAGGAAAUUGGUUUGAAAUAGAAAUGAAUGAAAGAACCAAUGUAGGAAUUCUAAAGGUUGUCAAGCCCUUAGAUUACGAAGAAAUAAAGAAYCUGCAACUUAGCAUUGGAGUUAGAAAUAAAGCUGAAUUUCAUCAUUCAAUUAUGUCUCAAUAUAAACUCACAGCAACUGCAAUCUCUGUGGUUGUGGAAAAUGUAGUGGAAGGCUCAGUGUUCCGCCCUGGUUCAAAGACAUUUGCAGUUACAAGUAAUAUGGGAGCAAAUCAUAAAGUAGGAGAGUUCAUAGCUACUGACYUGGACACAGGUUCAGCUUCAACAACUGUUAGAUAUGUAAUGGGAAAUAAUCCCUCUGACCUGCUAGUUGUUGACUCAAAAACAGGCAUCAUCACUUUAAGAAACAGAGUUACCAAGGAUCAAUAUGACAGACUKGGGGGAAAAUACCAAGGAACAAUUCUAUCUAUAGAUGAUUCUCUUCAGAGAACUUGCACUGGCACAGUCAUUAUUGACCUUCAAGGUUCUGGCUGGGAAACUAGUUCCAAUACUGAAACCAGUACCGGUACCGAUAACAACCAAGGAAGAGAAGACACCAGUACCAACACAAAUGAGAAUGGUUCCACUGAUUCCGGUACUCCCAACACACAAGGAAAUGACAAUGGAGAACCGACUGAGUAUUUGCCUAAUGAGAAUUCAGGUGGUCGAGGAAUUCCCUCAGAUAAUGUACAUUUUGGUCCUGCGGGUAUUGGACUACUCAUCAUGGGAUUCUUAGUCCUGGGAUUGGUCCCAUUUUUGUUGAUCUGUUGUGAAUGUGGAGGAGCCCCUGGUGGUGGAGCUGGCUUUGAACCUGUUCCUGAAUGUUCUGAUGGAGCAAUUCAUUCAUGGGCAGUAGAAGGACCACAGCCUGAACCCCGGGAUAUGACCACAGUCUGUGUACCAACAAUACCACCUACUAAUGUAAAUAUGAUAGAAUGCAUUGACAACUCAGGAGUUUAUACAAAUGAGUAUUGUGGCAGAGAAAUGCAGGAUCUGGGAGGAGGAGAAAGAACAACAGGAUUUGAACUAAUGGAUGGAGUUAAGACAUCAGCGGCACCUGAGAUAUGUCAAGAAUAUUCUGGAACAUUAAGAAGAAAUUCUAUGAGGGAAUGUAGAGAAGGCGGUUUGAAUAUGAAUUUCAUGGAAAAUUACUUUUGUCAGAAGGCAUAUGCUUAUGCAGAUGAAGAUGAAGGACGCCCGUCCAAUGACUGCUUGCUCAUAUAUGACAUUGAAGGAGUAGGUUCKCCUGCCGGCUCUGUGGGCUGUUGCAGUUUCAUUGGAGAAGACCUGGAUGAAAGCUUCUUGGAUACUCUGGGACCUAAAUUUAAGAAAUUGGCAGAUAUCAGCCUGGGAAGAGAAAUUGACUCUUAUCCAGACCCUGAACCUUCUUGGCAACCUCAGAGCACUGAACCACCUUGCCCUCAGCAGACAACAGACCCCAUGGUGGGUGGACACCCACCAGUCUCCCCGCACUUUGGCACUACUACCGUAAUUUCUGAGAGCACCUAUCCCUCAGGACCUGGUGUACAGCAUCCUAUGCCUAUUCCUGAUCCUCUGGGCUAUGGUAAUGUCACUAUGACAGAGUCUUAUACCACCUCUGGCACUCUGAAGCCCUCUGUCCAUCUUCAUGAUAACCGGCAUGCAUCAAACGUGGUGGUGACAGAGAGGGUGGUGGGCCCAAUCUCUGGCGCUGAUUUGCAUGGAAUGCUGGAUAUGCCCGACUUGAGAGAUGGCUCGAAUGUGAUAGUGACAGAAAGGGUCAUAGCACCAGGUUCAAGUCUACCCACCUCUCUGACCAUCUCUAAUCCUAGAGAGUCUUCAAAUGUGGUAGUGACAGAAAGAGUAAUCCAACCAACUUCUGGCAUGAUGGGCAGUCUGAGUAUGCAUCCUGACUUAUCAAAUGCCCACAAUGUGAUUGUGACAGAGAGGGUUGUUUCUGGUGCUGGCAUAAGUGGAAUUAGUGGCACAGCUGGGAUAAGUGGAGGUGGGGGCCUAGGUAGCAGUGGCCUAGUUAGCACCAGCAUGGGUGCCGGUAGCAUGGGCCUGAGUGGAGCUGGAGUCAGUGGUARUGGCAUUGGGCUGAGCAACCUGGGUGGAGGUGGGGGCUUGAGUAGCAGUAUGGGGGGGACAGCCACUAUUGGUCAUGUGAGGAGUUCCUCUGACCAUCACUUUAGCCAGACCCUUGGAUCUGCCUCCCCUAGCACAUCUCGAAGUCGAAUCACAAAGUACAGUACAGUACAAUAUACCAAGUAA